AUGUGUCCUGCUACUGUCAGUGCAGCUGCUCUCUGGCUGCUGGUACUGCUGUACACAGGCCUGUUACCAGCCCAGGCCUCAGACUUCAAUCAAUGCAGCCACAGCUUCUACAGACACAUCCCGCCUCAGGGCAGCUACGACAAGCCCCUGCAGCCCCUGUGCCUGACCAGACCAAAGGGCCAGUCAUUUGCUACUUUGUACCAGCCAAGCUGCGACAGUGCUGUCUACUCUGCCUUCCAUCUCAGCAAUGGGCUGACAGCUAGCACAGCAAAGCAAGAAGCAGAGUCUCUGAGUAAAGAAGAGAAAAGUGUAAAAGUAGUGACCCCUGCUCUACUUAAAGGGGACAGUGAUGAGCCAGAGCUGUCACCAGCAGCCUCCCAUCUUCAACGAUGGGACUCAGCCGUCACCAAUCUUGUCCAGUCGAGCAUCGCACCUCAGUGUCAAAUUUUGGGGGGAGAUCUGUAUGUCCUGAUUGGGGCGGGGAGACUCGGGGUUCUAGAAGCGGAAGACUGUCAGAGAAAGCUGUUGUGGUCUGCAGUCUGCUGUGCAGCUCCUGAUGGGAAGGAUAGCUCCAGUGUGGCCUUGAUCAGAGAGACGGAGGGAGAGCUGAGGCAAGUGUCUGUGAAGGAGCUCGAGGACACAUUAGGAGUGACAGAACUCUUUUCUGAGGGCUGCGGAGCAGGAGGAGAGAUUGGAGGAGAUAUUUCUGAAGUUUCUCAUAAUGAUGCCCAGGCUGUGGUAAAUGCUGUAGCUUCAGAUCUGGGUCCCGUGGAAGAAACAGAAGCAAAAGAAGUGACGACACGGGCCAGCAAUCCAAUUCCUGACACAGCAGUAAGCAGUAACACAGAAGUCAGCCACAAGAAGACGGAGAGCAAUACUGAGUCUCAUGUUUCCUCUGAAAUAAAAGUUGUAGUCACAGAAUCUGCGAAAAAUGCUCAGGUUUCACCGGGCAGCAGAGAAGUGGCAUCCUCUGAGCCAACUCUGGCAGAUCCCUCUUUGAGCCCAGAGACUGUGGAGGAGGUGGAAGUAGAUGAAAACUCUACCAGUACUGUCCUCUACAUCCUCUCCACCACCCUGUCCCUCCUCAAAGCCGCUCUGCACCCAGUGAUGUCCACACUCACUGAACUCCCCGGAAAGGUUUCAUAUGUUCUUCAAGAAGAUCUGGGUGUUCUUUCUGCUUUGCCUGGAGACACCUACUCAGUCUUCCACCUCUUGUUCUCAGAUAUAUUUUCCUGGGUUGGCUCUGCUUUUGACCUGUGCACGGCUAAGCUGACGCGUUUUCAUUCAGAGGAUGGCUACACUCCACGCGUCAUCAGAGAAGACCCGCCAGCCUCCCUGAACGCCCGCUCCAGACCAGCUCUGGUCCUGGGCGCUUCCGAGGGUUCAACAGUUCUGAAUGGGUCUAACGCUGUUGCCUGGUACUUGGCCUCUCAGGGUAAACGUGUUGGUGGAGACAGUAAACAGCAGAGCCUGGUGUGGCAGUGGCUCAGCUUCGCUGACAAUGAAUUGACUCCUGUCGCGUGUGCAGUGGUCUUCCCACUUCUCGGUGUCAUGGGAACGGAUAAAAAGCUGCAACAAAGUUCUCGUGCCGAGAUGAUGCGUGUUCUGAAAAUGCUGAACCAAGCUCUGGAACCUAAAACCUAUUUAGUGGGAGAGGGCAUCACUUUGGCUGAUGUGGCAGUGGCCUGUGCUGUUCUUCUUCCAUUUAAAUAUGUGCUGGAGCCACAAGACCGUAAAGUUUUGACUAAUGUCACAAGAUGGUUCACGACUUGCAUCAAUCAGCCUCAGUUUGUGAAGGUUCUGGGAAAGGUAACUCUGUGUGAGAAGAUGGGUCCAGUCACUCUCAAAACAAACACAGCUGAUGCUAAUGCUGACAAUGCUAAUCCAGCUGGUGAUACUGAUGCAGCCACAACCAAUGGACCACCAAAGACGGACGCUCAGCUGAAGAAGGAGGCCAAAAAACUUGAGAAGCUGCAGAAGUUUCAACAGAAAAAAGAAAUGGAGGCCAAGAAAAAAACCCAGCCGCCAACAGAGAAAAAAGCCAAGCCUGAGAAGAAGGAAAUCGGCGUAAUCUCGUACACUGUCCCAACUCAGCCUGGGGAGAAAAAGGAUGUGGUCAGUCCUCUCCCAGAGUCCUACAGCCCUCAGUAUGUGGAGGCCGCCUGGUAUUCGUGGUGGGAGAAGCAGGGAUUCUUCAAGCCUGAAUUUGGGAGGAAGGAUAUUUCCGAACCGAACCCUCGCGGUACUUUCAUGAUGUGUAUCCCUCCUCCAAAUGUGACUGGAUCUCUUCACCUGGGCCACGCUCUGACAAACGCUAUUCAGGACUGUCUCACCAGAUGGCACAGAAUGAAAGGAGAGACGACCCUGUGGAACCCCGGCUGUGAUCACGCCGGCAUUGCGACACAGGUGGUGGUGGAGAAGAAGCUCAUGAGGGAGAGGGGACAGAGCCGCCACGACCUUGGCCGAGAAAACUUCAUCCAGGAAGUUUGGAAGUGGAAGAACGAGAAGGGAGACAGGAUCUACCACCAGCUCAAGAAACUUGGGUCUUCACUGGAUUGGGACAGAGCCUGUUUCACAAUGGACCCUAAACUUUCCUAUGCCGUACAAGAAGCAUUUAUCCGUAUGCAUGAAGAAGGGGUAAUCUAUCGGAGCAAGAGGCUCGUCAACUGGUCCUGCACACUCAACUCUGCCAUCUCCGACAUUGAGGUGGAUAAGAAGGAGCUGACUGGCAGAACGCUGUUGCCUGUGCCCGGAUACAAGGAGAAGGUGGAGUUUGGAGUUCUCGUGUCUUUUGCCUACAAAAUAGAUGGAUCAGACGAGGAGGUGAUCGUUGCCACCACUCGUAUUGAGACCAUGCUUGGAGAUACCGCUGUGGCUGUGCACCCAGACGACCCCAGGUAUCAGCAUCUCAAGGGCAAAACCGUCCUCCAUCCAUUUUGCGACCGCAAGAUGCCAAUUGUGUUUGACGACUUUGUGGACAUGAAUUUUGGAACAGGUGCUGUUAAAAUCACCCCUGCUCAUGACCAUAACGAUUACGAUAUUGGAGUGCGGCACAAUCUGGCCUUCAUCAACAUUUUGGAUGAAAAUGGGCUGCUCAUCAACGUGCCCCAUCCCUUCCUGGGCAUGAAGCGCUUUGAGGCCAGGAAGGAGGUGAUUCAGGCUUUGAAGGACAGGGGUCAAUUUAAAGAAAUCAAAGACAAUCCCAUGGUUGUACCAGUCUGCAGUCGAUCAAAAGACAUCGUGGAGCCUCUUCUGAAGCCUCAGUGGUACGUAAGCUGUGCAGACAUGGGAAAACAGGCUGCAGACUCCGUGAGAGAAGGACGCCUCAAAAUCAUCCCAGAUCACCACCUCAAGACCUGGUUCAACUGGAUGGACAACAUCAGAGACUGGUGCAUCUCUCGACAGCUGUGGUGGGGUCACAGAAUUCCUGCUUACUUUGUGACCGUCAAUGACCCUUCUGUUAAACAAGGAGAGGACAUGGACGGCCAGUACUGGGUGAGUGGGCGAACGGAAGAAGAGGCCAGGGAGAAGGCAGCCAAACGCUUCAAUGUGACCACUGAUAAAAUCACUCUCAGACAAGAUGAGGACGUUCUGGACACUUGGUUCUCUUCGGGUAUUUUCCCUUUCUCCAUCUUCGGAUGGCCUAACGAGACAAAGGACCUGAACGUUUUCUACCCUGGGACUCUGCUGGAGACUGGACACGACAUCUUGUUUUUCUGGGUGGCUCGCAUGGUUAUGAUGGGCCUAAAACUCACGGGAAAACUCCCCUUCAAAGAGGUUUAUUUGCAUGCCGUGGUGAGGGACGCCCACGGACGGAAAAUGAGCAAGUCUCUGGGCAACGUUAUCGACCCGCUGGAUGUCAUUACAGGGAUUUCUCUGGAGGGUCUUCAUGCUCAGCUGAAAGACAGUAACCUGGACCCAGUGGAGGUGGAGAAGGCCAAACAGGGGCAGAAGUCUGACUACCCCAGUGGAAUCCCAGAGUGUGGGACAGAUGCUCUCCGCUUUGCCCUCUGUGCUUAUACCAGCCAAGGCAGAGACAUAAACCUGGAUGUGAACCGUAUCCUUGGUUACCGCCACUUCUGCAACAAGCUGUGGAACGCUGUGAAGUUUGCCAUGAAAACACUCGGAGACAACUUUGUACCGUCGGAGAAAGCCCAGUUGUGUGGCCAGGAGAGCGUGUCCGACCGGUGGAUUCUGUCUAGGCUCAGUGCAGCUGUCGCUCUCUGUGAUGAAGGAUUCAGGACUUAUGACUUUCCCGCCAUCACCACGGCCAUCUACAACUUCUGGCUGUAUGAGCUCUGUGACGUCUACCUGGAGAGUGUGAAGCCAGUGUUCAGUAAAGUGGACGGCUGCAGCGAGGUCUCCGUCUGCAGACAGACUCUCUACACUUGUCUGGAGGUGGCUCUGCGGCUGCUCGCUCCAAUCAUGCCCUUUGUCACCGAGGAGCUUUUCCAGAGGUUACCGAGGCGACAGCCACAGCACGACCCGCCCAGCGUCUGCGUGACGGCGUAUCCGUGCUCCCUGGAGUUCUGCUGGCACAGUGAAGAAAUUGACCGUGAGAUGGAGUUUGUUAUGACCGUGGUCAAAACAAUCCGGUCUCUGAGAGCGGACUACAACCUGACGAAGACCAGAGCCGACUGCUAUUUGCAGUGCAUUGAUUCGGCCACAGUGAGCCUGGUGGAGAAAUACAGCCUUCAGAUCCAAACUCUGUCGUACUCUCAGGCGGUGAUUCCCGUGGCAGCCGCUCAGCCCGCGCCUGAAGGCUGUGCGGUGGCCAUCGCAUCAGACAGGUGCACCGUGAACCUGAUGCUCAAGGGUCUCAUUGACGUGGAAAAGGAAGUGUCAAAGCUGAUGACAAAGAGGGCAGACUUGGACAAACAGAUGGAGAAAGUCAAAGAGAAAAUGGCAAAGAGCGACUAUAAAGACAAGGUGCCGCUGAAGGUGCAGGAGCAGGAUGCAGAGAAGCUACGACAGAGUCAAACUGAACUGGAGAAGGUAAAGGAGGCUAUUGAGAACUUCAACAAAAUGAUCUAA